CUGACUACGAUCGGUUAGAUGAAACAUACGCAGAGUCGUGUAAGCGGUAAACCAGUACCUAACUAAAGCCAAUAGAACACUGACUACGAUCGGUUAGAUGAAACAUACGCAGAGUCAUGUAAGCGGUAAACCAGUACCUAACUAAAGCCAAUAGAACACUGACUACGAUCGGUUAGAUGAAACAUACGCAGAGUCGUGUAGGCGAUAAAUCAGUAGAUAACUCAUUUACAAUUAUUCUGCUUCAGACUUGUGCCGGAAUCCUACCUUAAACUCAUACGACAAUGGUCUCAACGACAACUGUCGUGCGUUUUGGUCGUGUGACAGUGGACACUCCAUACCAAUGUGUUGUGACAAGUAUUUCUCCUACAGAGCCGGCCAGUGUGUGGCUGACAGUAACUGUACGACAGAAUGUCCUGACCCCUGUCAGAACACAGACAUCACCUCAUACGCUAACGAACUCAAUUGUCGAAGCUUCUAUGAAUGCAAUGAUAAAAAGUCCAAAUCCAUAUGUUGUGCUGACGGACAAGGAUUUAAGAACGGGACCUGUGUAGAUGAUGAUUUGUGUACCAUGCCUUGCCCUGUUGAUGCUGUUCAGCUCGAGAUACAGCAAAACACUGCGACAACAAAUCAGCCGUCACCCAAUCCUAGCUGCUCCCUUGAAGCGGUUGGUGCAGGACAAUUCCAGUUAAUUGGUAAUGCCAACAAGGACCACAUCAUGUCUUGCCCUGGGAACCUGGUGUUUAGUGUCAAAAAAUGUACCUGUGACUUUCCUACAAAGGAUGUUCUCGACACUUUACCCAGAGAAUGUAAACCAGAAGUCUGUGUAGACUUUGAACAGAAAAUGAAUCCCGUAAAAGUCGAGAACUAUAACAAUGUCACCAUAAGUGGUGGGCGUGGCCAUUUUAAUGGCGAUUCUUACCUGGCUAUUCCAUUGUAUUCGUAUAACGAACGCUUCUCAAAGAGGAUAACCAUCAAGGUGUUGUUUAAGUCCAAACCCGGAAAGGGACAAGAUCGACAGGUCCUCAUCUCGAACUGCCGAACUGAGAUAUCAGCAAGAGGUUCACGGCUGUCGCCCUCGUUAGCCAUUAUUAUCGACAAAUCUGUGGGACAAAAUUAUGUGAUUUUCUUGGGAACAACAAAGAAUAAUGGAAAUGCUAGCAUUGCGCAUACCUUUCAGCCUAACCAGUGGACUGGUCUGGAACUGGUGUUUGACGGAGAGAGACUCACAGCCUCCACCAAUACUAUUGACUACGAAACAGGAGCGUCCAUAGAAAGUCAGUUUGAUACCAAGGAGCUUACUGGCGAACUGAAAGUGGGAUUAGAGUCAUUGAAAAUUGGUAAAUGCCUGGACCGUGACGGUUUCCAUGGUGAAAUGGAUAACGUUUGUAUUGGUGACUGUUUGAAUGGCUAUUUCUCUGGAAAUCCUAAUGCCUGAUCAGUGAACAUUUGUCUUAAUAUCUCCAAAUGAGAGUGUUAAAUGGUAUAAUCCUGUUAAUUUGACGAAAAAACCGUUUUGAAUACUUUCGGCGACAUGCUUCCACGGACAGAAAAGCAAGUCUCAAAAACAUGUUCCAUUGUUUUCUUCUGCUUUCCAAAUUUUCAAUUGAAAGUAUGCAGUUCUUCACGAUUCAUCGCAGGAUAUGGCAUGGAAUAAGUGUUUCCAGCCCAAUACUCUACAUCACAUAAUGCAACAGUGGAAUUACCAAUAUAUAUUUACAUUUGCUCCGCAUUUCCCAGUUGACACAAUGCUAAGAGGCAGUUGCCACCAUACGCCUAUAACACCCAGUGCCUCAAG